AUGCACCGGCAAUUUAAACCUCCCCAGGUGCAGGGGCUGAUGCUGUUUCUGAGGUGUGGGAGAGGGGAGGAUCGGUACCAUCAGCCCUGGCACUCGGGGCUGGCCCUUGAGCUGAGCCAGGCUGACCCUGAGCACGGGAGCGCCAUGCACGAGCUCAACGAGAGCAGCUUCGACCCCAUCACCUUUGUCCUGACAGGCAUCCCAGGCAUGGAGGAGUCCCACAUCUGGAUCUCCGUCCCCUUCUGCCUGAUGUACCUCACGGCAGUGCUCAGCAACCUGGUCCUCCUCUUGGUCAUCGCCACAGACCGGAGCCUGCACGAGCCCAUGUACCUGUUCCUGGCCAUGCUGGCUCUCUCUGACCUCAUGCUGUCCACCACCACGGUGCCCAAAAUGCUGGCCAUCUUCUGGUUCAGCGCUAGGGAGAUUUCCUUCGACGCCUGCGUCACGCAGAUGUUCUUCACCCAUUUCAGCUUCAUCGUGGAGUCCUCUGUGCUGCUGGCCAUGGCCUUCGACCGCUACGUGGCCGUGUGCGACCCGCUGCGCUACGCCUCCAUCCUGACGCCCUCGGUGAUCGCCAAAAUCGCCGUGAGCGCCGUGGCCCGCGGCUUCUGCAUCAUGUUCCCUCCCAUCUUCCUGCUGAAGCGCCUGCCCUACUGCGGGCACAACGUGAUGCCCCACACCUACUGCGAGCACAUGGGCAUCGCCCGCCUGGCCUGCGCCGACAUCCGGGCCAACGUCUGGUAUGGGCUGACCACGGCGCUGCUCUCCUCGGGGCUGGACGUCGUGCUCAUCUCCGUCUCCUACGCGCUGAUCCUCAGGGCCGUGUUUCGCCUCCCCUCACCCGAGGCUCGCCUCAAAACCCUCAGCACCUGCGGCUCCCACCUGUGCGUGAUCCUCAUGUUCUACGUGCCCGCCUUCUUCUCCUUCCUCACGCAUCGCUUUGGCCACCAAAUCCCAAGCCACGUCCACAUCCUGCUGGCCAACCUCUAUGUCGUGGUCCCGCCCAUGCUCAACCCCAUUGUGUACGGGGUGAGGACCAGGCAGAUCCGGGAGCGUGUCCUCCGCCUGCUCUGCCCCACGGGGGAGUGUCCAUGCCCUGGCUUGGGGGGCAGGUGCUGA